AUGCCCCGAAUACCUGACUUGCCCGGCGAUGUCGUUCCACGGAACUCAGACCAAGAACGAUGGCUCAAGUCGCAUGUAGCUCAGAUGUGUCAGUUGGAACAUGACCGCUUUCCGGGGAGUCAGCCUAUAAGUUUCUCCGUUAGUGAUCUGGAAAGGCUGGAAGAGCAGGACUACUGGGUAUGCGAGAAGUCCGACGGUGUACGCGUCCUCUUCUUGAUAUGUACAAACCUGCAAACCAACGACCAGGCGGUGUUUCUUAUUGACCGCCACAAUACCUACCGCCAAUUGUCUGGCCUAUACUUCCCUCAUCAUGAAUUCCCUGACAGGCCGCUACGAAACACUCUUGUGGAUGGAGAGCUAGUCGUUGACGUUGAUUCCAAAACUCAGAAAGAAACGAUACGAAUGUUAGCGUUCGAUUGUCUUGUAGUGGACGAUCAGAACGUCAUGUCACGUACUCUGGACAAGCGUUAUGGCAGGCUGAGAGAUUGGUUCUACAAGCCAUACGCGAAGAUGAUCAAGGACCACCCACACAUGCUGCAAAAUCAGCCUUUUGAGAUCAUGGUCAAAGAAAUCAACUUUUCUUAUCAUGUCGAUAAAGUCUUCAACGUCGACAUACCUCAUUUGCAGCAUGGAAAUGAUGGUCUGAUAUACACCUGUGUGAAUACGCCCUAUACUCCCGGGACGGACAAGAACAUACUGAAAUGGAAGCCACCUGAGGAGAAUUCGAUCGACUUCAAGCUUGUUCUCAGAUUUCCUCCUACACCUUCGCGGGAAGCAGACUUCGAGCAAAAACCGAUAUUCGUGUUGCAUGUCUGGACUGGUGGCGAAGGACCCGCGGCCAAAUACGAACCGUUCGAUGUUCUCUAUGUAGAGGAUGCGGAGUGGGAAAAAAUGAAGUCAACGGGAGAACAGAUUGAUGACCGGAUUGUCGAGGUUCACUGGGACCUCGAGGGCGAGCGCUGGCGGAUGAUGCGAUUUAGAAACGACAAGCCUCAUGGCAACCACCGCAGUGUCGUGGAUAAAAUCAUCCAAAGUAUCGCUGAUGGCGUGCAAAAAGACGAGCUUCUAGCUCGGUCUGCGAAAAUACGAAACAACUGGAAAGCCCGCCAGGGUCAGCAAGCGCAACAGCCGCCAACGGCGACUCGUCAUACGCUGCCGUCGCAGCCACAGGCGCGUCCAGACGCGACUAAACAGAUCGUCGCCGACAAACGCUCAAGCCUGCCUGCGCUCGAUAUGCGAUACGGACCCAUCGCGCCGUCGUCUGUGAGCAAGGUUGCAGGACCGACGGUGAUUGCUGGGAUGAACCGAUAGCUCGGUGGCAGAUAACGAAGAUACGUGAGAUGCGGAUACACGUCCGCGUGUCCUCCUUUUCCGUGCCUCCCCAGAGGGCGUCCGGGGCGACAGGUCGUGUCGAAAAGACGGGGUGCAAUCAACUUUUUCGGCGAUGCCACGAUGGACGAUCCCGAAGCGACGCCCAGCAAGGCCACCCCCGCCUCAGGCUGCGGUGGACAUCACGACGUCAUGCCAGGGUUCGUGUAUUGUCUGCAUCACAUGGGGAUCGCCGAUAUAUAUCAUUCGGCACCGACUUGUGAAAUUCCGGCGGGUGAGAUCGUUGAGGUGGGAGGAUGCACGUACGGCUGCAGGUCUGGGGUCUAGCUAGGCACGAGGUUCCUAGCUAUAGCUACACGUACCUAUUAGCUGCUCGAGAACGCGCACCAAUCUUGCAUAAGCCCGCUUU